GAGGCCGACAGAAAGGACUCGUUGUAUGCUCUGACUCUGAGGGCUUCUCAGCUUUUCUACACUGAUGAUGCGGUUGCUGCCGUUGCUCAGUCUAUGCGUAGCCUUGGCCACUGGCAUAAAUUUCACCUUUAUAUCUGAGUGGGACGAUUCUGAUUUGAAAUGGACCCCCGAAUACAGUAUGGAGCAAGCAUUGGCUGACGGAACUUACAGGCGUGGAGUAAGCAAGCUAUAUUACAUGGCUGUGUUUGCCCAAAGAGUUUUCGUCAGCUUCUCUCGAUAUUACGGUAUACCCGUGACUCUCGCAUGGCUGCCGAUCGGUGUCACUACAUCUACUAAAACAAAGCUGAAUCCAUUUCCCUCGUGGCCGAUGCAGGUUCAUAAGAAACUGGAUUCUAUAGUCGCUAUUUCUUUACAGUGUGCAUGAUUUUCUUUUGCAGGAUGAAGGCAAUUGCGGAGCCCUGCAGUCUGUUAGAGGACUGGAGAUCGAUAGUGUUGGUCGCCUCUGGGCGGUAGACCAGGGCACAAAAGGAAAAUGCCCGCCAAAACUGUGGAUAUUUCAUCUCGCACAAGAAGAUAGCUUAGAACUCGAGCACGAGUUUCCAGAUUCCGUCGUAUCCAAUGGUUUGUACAGAACAGAAACGUGGCUGACCGAUCUCGCGGUGGAUCAGACACCAGAAGACUCAUUCGCAUACAUCGCGAGCCACACCGGCGAAUUAAUGCAACUCAUUGCGUUUAGCUUGAAACGUAAAACGACCUGGCGUGUAAAGAUUGCGAAUGUGCAGUUUGAGGCUCUCGCGAUUUCCCGUUUUGAAGACCGGAAGUUCCUGUAUAUCAGUGGAUACAACACCAGUGGACUGUAUGCAGUGGACUUGUCGGUUAUCAGAAAAGGAAAUGUAAAUCCGGCUAUCACGCUGGUUGGAAACAAGAUGGCUCCGUCUAGAAGAAUGGUGUUUGACGGAAUAAACGAGAUGAUUUAUUUCGACCUACCGAAAACUGGCUCCGUUGGAACCUUGGAUCUGAUCACCUUCAAGGAGGAACUGGUGUUCAAGGACGCAGGCUUCGGGAAUUAUUGGCCGUUUCUGUUGGCUUUCGACUAUCCCAAAACUCUCUUCAUGAUGGUGGGUGAUACUAUUGGAGAUAAGAAAAAAUACCGCUUGUUCAAGGCUGUAGUUGAAGCCAAAUCUCUCUCAUUUAGAGAUCGCAUCAUGAUGACAGGCCGCGUAGAGAACGAAAGCGAUUUCAACACGCCCAACGUUUCAAAGACAAAAUAAAACUGGUAUUACGCAAGGCAGUAAAUAUCCGCGUCCAACUAUUCCAACUUUUCAAAUACAAAAUCAAACAGUUAUUACGCAAAACUGUAAAUGUCCGGACACAACUUUUCCAAUUUUUAAAAUGCAAAAUCAAACAAAUGCUACGCAAGACAGUAAAUAUCAGCCGGUAAAUUGCGAAAUAAAAGCAGGUUCUGCCACUCAUCAUACAAGAGACGAAACUCUGCUUGCUAAAGUUUUGAUCCUGAUUUUGACAUGCUCAAAUGCAGUCAUCUUAUUGACUAGCACUAUCAUUUUGUGCCUCUUCCUGAGACGAGGAAAGGUCACGAGAAAGUGUAAAAAGGAAUCGCAACACGAAAUGAAAUCAAAGGAACAACGAGAUGACGUCAUGACUCCACCAGAGCUGUACGAGAGACCGCGGAUGCUGCUUCCUUCUAGAACAACCACCCAUAUUUAAACAUAUAUCAUGUUCCUUCUUUUGCGAAUAUUUUGGAAUUAUUGGGACAAGAGCACUGUCUGCUCCCAGCUGUGCGGUGCAGGAAGGGAAUAUCCGCCCCGCCAUCUGUUCUACUUCAGCCACCAGGCUUUAUUCUGCUUCAGAAUUGUACCAGGAAGUAAACUAACCGCCUUUUAUCGAGUCUAACGUAGCCAUAAGAGCAAUUAUUAUAACAUAUAUGGGAUAUAUAUAGAGUUAUUUGCUUUUAACUCUGUGCUAAGAUAAAAAAUAUUUAUUUUAUUUGGUUAUGUAUUUAUCAGUUCAUUUUCUCGUUAUUUGCUCGAGCUUUACAUUUUGUUAUUUCCUCUACCGAGGCUAUAUACUUUUACUUUUAUAUGUACUUCUAUAAUUUUGUAAUGGACGAGCUUAUAAAGGAAUAAAUAAAAAUAAUGCAUACAAUUUAUUGCCAUUCAAUUUUUCAGGUUUACAUUGAAAUUUGAUCUUUGUCAGAAUGUUAUAAAUUAAUAAAA